AUGAGUGAACCGCAAGUAAAUCCAGAAGUUGAUAACUAAUCUGUAAUUUCAGAGGAGAGCAACGCUGAUGAUAUCGACGUGUUUGGUCAAGAUUAAGAAAUGUAAUGAAAAAAUUAUGAAUUCAGUGAUAAGUUUCCACUCUUAACGAGUAUUUUGGAUAGUAGUUGGUUUUAAAUAUUCGUAAAUCUGUUAACUAUCUAUGCUCUAUUUGGCGAUGAUAUUAGAAUAAUUGCUUUUGAUAAAAGAGCUGAUGAUGGAUUCGAUGUAAUCACUAUAAUAUGCAUGGUAAAAUCAUCAAAUAUGGUAGAUAAUAUUUUCAAUUGAAAUUGUCAUUGCAAGCUUGGUUAGAACUGACUAUUUUAAUUCAUUCUUUUUCUGGCUGGAUAUAAUAUCAACAGUUUCUUAAAUUUUGGAUAUCACCUAAUUCAAUAUUGCAGUUGGCUUACAGUAACUAUUUCACCCUUAAUCCCAUUUUAGAGGUUCCGUUGCAGCAAAAUCCGCCUCCCAAUUGUCCCAAGCCAACAAAGCCUCUAAGACUAGUUCAAAAGCAAUUAGAGUUGUUCGUCUUGUUAGAUUAAUUAGAAUAGUUAAGUUGUAUAAGGCAGCUAGUUAUUCAUAAGAAUAAGCAUUCAAGAGGUAACCAAUCCGGACUUAGACCAUUAAAAAAAGUAGAGCAACAAUUUACCCAUCUGUCUAUGAGAACAUUAAUAACAUGGUAAUUGAAUAAGAGAAUCUAAAUAAAAAAGAGAAUCACACCGAAUAAAGGGGCAGUAUUGAGAGUCAUAAGCCAGAAGGAGAAGAUAAUGCGAAUAGUUAAGAAAAUCGGGAAAAUUAAAAUAUGGUUGCAAAAUAACUCUAAAUUGAGAAUUCGAUUCCAAAGAGCUUACCAAAUCGCAGACAGUCUAUGAAGGAACCAUCGUAAGUCAAAGCAAAAGAAAUAAAAGAAUCAAGAGUGAGCAAGAGAUUAUCAGAUUCCACAACGAAGAAAGUCAUCAUCCUUGUCAUUAUAUUACUUUUAAUCAUGCCUUUAUUUAGUUCUGAUUACUAUUUUGAACCAUCCUAUAGUUUAGCUUAUGCAGCUGAAUAUUUCAGAGUUGUGGCUGAAAUUCCAAAUACUAAAUUAAGCGAAAUCAAUCAGACCAUUAAUUUUGUGAUAGAUUAGCAUAAAUCAUUUGACACACCUGUAGGAUACAUUACCAACCCAUUUACUGAGAUAGAGAAUUACUAAACUCCUUCAUAUUAAUAUUUAAGAGAAAGCUCCAAAAGCUAUUAUUUUGAAUUAGUAGAUCCUGUAUUGGUGGGAUUGGAUUAUAUCGGUGAUCCUGUCAUUCUGUUUGUCUCAGAUAAUUCCGAUGUUGAGUCUAAGAAUUCAAUUAUCAAUAUUGUUAAUACUUUAUUUGUGAGUGCUGUAUUGCUAUUUGGGGCCAUUGCGUUUUCGAAUGAUGCUAAUAAUGUAGCUUUGAAACCAAUAGAUAGGAUGAUAGUGAAGGUCAAUUUAAUAGCAAAGAAUCCUUAAUUGGCCAAGGAGAUGAAAUUAGAAUCUGAAGGAACCCAAAAGGAAACCACCUAGAUAGAAAAUGCUAUCAUUAAAAUAGGUGCCUUGUUGGCAUUAGGGUUUGGUGAUGCAGGUUCUGCCAUUAUAGGAACCAAUAUGGCUUCAUCAGGAGAUGUGGAUCCUAUGUUACCAGGUAAACGUAAAUGGGCAAUUUAUGGAUUUUGUGAUAUUCGUAAUUUCACCGACGCCACUGAAGUCUUGCAAAAGGAUGUGAUGUUGUUUGUAAAUAAUAUAGCUGAGAUCGUUCAUUCGAUGGUGGAUCGUUAUCAAGGAUCAGCUAAUAAAAAUAUUGGAGAUGCAUUCUUAUUAGUUUGGAAAAUCAAUGAUUCUCAAUGGUAUGAGGAUGGAAAUGAAAUCAAAUGGUAUUAAAUCGUAAAAUUGUUUAAGGUCCAACUUGGUGUUCAUAAAUUAAUUGGCUGAUUGUGCUCUAAUUGCUUUCAUGAAGAUCUAUGCUAAGAUCAAUAGAGAACCCAAAAUAUUGGAAUAUAGGAAUGACGAGAGAUUAAGUCAACGUUUGCCAGGAUACAAAGUAAAGAUGGGAUUUGGAUUGCAUAUAGGAUGGGGUAUAGAAGGUGCCAUUGGAUCAGAAUUCAAAAUUGAUGCCUCUUAUUUAAGUCCAAAUGUUAACAUGGCUUCCCGUUUAGAGGCUGCGACUAAAUAAUAUGGAGUGGCCGUCUUGAUCUCAAGUGAAUUACAUCAAUACUUCUCCAAUGAAAUUAAGAAAUAUACAAGACAGAUUGAUAAGGUUACUGUGAAGGGAAGUGUUAAGCCUAUUGGUUUGUUCACAGUUGAGAUGGAGGGCGAUGAUUUGCCUCCUAGUAAGUAGGAUUACCCUUAAGAAGAGAAGUAAUAAGUGAUGUAUGAGAAAAAGCAAAUCUUUCUUUAAUAAUUAGAGUCUGGCGAUUUUAAUGGAGAAUUGUAUAUGAAAAGAAACAAAGAUCUUGGACUUAUAACUAAAAAUUUCAAUCCAGAAUUCUUGGUAAUGAUAUACAUACUACUAAAUCUAGCAUCAAUUUGGUCAAGGGUUCUAAGGCUACCUAUUGGGAAAUUGGAAGGAAGCCCAUAUGUGGCUUGAAAAAGCUAAGUAAAUUAAACCGAAUGAUGGUCCAAUCAGUACACUUUUUAAUGUAAUGGGAGAAACUAAUUUCAAAGCUCCUUAAGAUUGGAAGGGAUAUAGAGAAUUAACAGAAAAAUGA